AUGAUUCAAACGGGAACGUUUUCUGAUGGAACAGACGACAGAGGAGUAGCAUCCAGUGGCUUCUACCUUGUAACUUACAUCGCUAUAUUGUAUUUUUGGCUAGUCAAGACAACAUGUGAAUGGUGUAAAAAUCUGGCUCCAUAUCAAGUGGUCUCCAGUAUUCUAAUUGUAAUUACAUUUUCUGAAUGGAUGUUCAGUCUACGGAAAAAGAACAAUAUAUAUCUAACGAUCACAACACUUGGAAUUAUGAAUAUACUUACAACUGUAUCAGUCGCUCCUGUAGCUAUUUAUUAUUCGGGUGUAUUGAUUAUGUCAGUGAUGACUAUUACUCCUUUUCUGUGCGCUUUAAUUGCUUUGGUCACAUACAAUGUCAAAAUAACACCUUUAAUGUAUAACAAAAUCAUUGGCAUUUUUACUGCCCUUAUUAUGGUCUCGUGGGCUAAAGGCCUUUUAACUUUCAUUUCUAGUGGACAUACACAAAUUCAAGGAUCACUGGCUGUUGGAUUCUCCUUGAGCAUUAUUUUAGCUAUAUUUGUGAUUAUGUCAUGGAUGUUCGGUAUUACAAAGAGAACAAUGGCUAUUGGCGAGUAUAAAGAUGCUUCAAUAGUAAUUUAUAUUUUAAAUGAACUUUUAUUUCUAUCCCUAAUAAAUAUAUGA